AUGAAAUUCACGUUGCUUUGCAACCUCGGCGCCCCGCGCAAUGUGGCUGUUUCUUUGCGGCUGCGGCUGCUGCAUGUCUGGCCGGCGAAGUCUCCGGGGGAUAUCAGGAUCUACAAUUACUGUACUCUUUGGACCGACGAAACGGGUAUGUUGAUUCAUGGCGUUUCGACAACUUCAAUGGCUGCUGGGAUCCGUCGUAACCUUUCUGUUGGCAAGAUAUAUUUAAAUACGCGUGCUGGUAAUCAUUGUUACUUGACAGAUGUCGUUGGCCGGCUCCAUUCAAUCAGUGGGAUAUCGCAUAAAAUCACUAAUAACGGCCCCGCAGUCAAGCAGACGGUUAUCAUCGAGGAUGAAAGAUUUUUACGCUUUUCUAGGGUUUCUGAGUUUAGUCGUAUUGAAGCUGUGAUUCUUGCAUUUGGCGGCUUCCUGGUUAAUAAGUUGGGAGAUGAUUAUAUUCUUUCGAGUUCAGCCGGUACACGCAUAGCGGUCAAUCCUCCUGUACCGAAGGCCUAUUUUCUUGCAUCUAGGUUUGUCGAAAAACAUGAAGUUGUUGAAUCCUUGCCAGUGGAGUUUGCUACAGCUGCUGAUGCUACUGCUGAUGCUGAUCGACGAACCAAGACAUUGGAUCAGUUGUUGAGCUUGUCUCGAAUGAAUUCCUCACUGGAAGAGAGGUACCGUUGUGGUGGAGUGAUUGUUGAUGUCGAGUCAAAUUGGCAGCUGGACGAGGAACAAACUCAAGUCAAUUAUAAGCUUAAGCUUGCACUGAGGGACGACUCUUGCGAGGCUCGGUUUAUACUGAUGGGGGGGGGGGGGGGUUGUGCCCUUGCGUUGGUUAAUGUUUCUGCUGCACAUCUGGCCCAGAGGUUCCCUCAUCGUCCUGUCGUUCCACUUGAUGACCCUACGGUGGUGGGCCAUUUGCUUGAGUAUUCCUCGCAACCUUCGUUGUCUUGCCCUGUUGUUGCUGUCCCGAGUUUGGCAAUGUGUGCAGCAGGUAACGCAGGCGUUUCUUCGAGUUCAUCGAGGGCUGCGAAGGAAAAGGAAAAGGUUUCAGGUCCUCUACUCAUUGAGGCUUCAGCAGUUCCGUUCAGUAUCAUUGGGGAGCCAGACCAGACUGUUAGCUCGAUAGCUGAGGAUUUGCAGAUCCCUAUUCCUGCAAAUAUUGAAAGGGAAGAUAUGGUUGUUGGCUCUCAGAUUCUUGGGGGUUCACAUUUUUCGAGGGUUGGUGUAAAAGUUGGCUCUAGUCCAGCUGCUGCAGUUGUGCCCGUUCCUUCUUCAGUCCAGUCGUGUGCUCCAUUUGCCAGAUCUACUCCUCCGAUGAUUUCCAAGCGAACAUCCAGAAUUGAUGAGUCUAUGAGCCCUGAGGAUGUUAGUCAUGGUUCGUUUACAUCUGCUGCAAAAGUUCUGAAGCCAUCUCCUGGGUCAUCUCCUGGAAAGACCUCUGGUUUAGUCGCUGGCUCCCCGUCUGCAUCAUUAUUGGUUUCCCCACUCGCCAAGAUCAAGGUGGAGAAGUUAGAUGCUGCCGAGAUUGCUCCUUUGCCACAUGGUGGUUCCUCUCAGGCAGGUGUUGAUACAGAAAGGGGUUCUCCAGUGGACAGUCAAAAGAACCCAACUGUGAAACUAAAUGAUUCUGGUCAUGUUCUAUUUCUGCUUUUGCUAUGCAGCAAUGCCUCCCAAGAAAAGAAAGACUCGGUAUCAAACUCUAACACAAUCUUCAAAGCCAAGAAAAUCGCACUACCAGACUCUGAAACAGUUGGGGUCCAGAAAUAUAACUUGGGGUAUCUCUUUCCUGAAACAAGGGGAACCCGAUUUGGUGGCUGGAUGUAA